UUGCAGAAGAUUGCUUAUACACCAUCGCCGGUUGGGUGCCACAAAUGAGAAACAAGCCCCAAAUGGAAUUGACGACAAAACGUGCCUGGUCCCCUGUUUCUUCAGCUUUCCAACCGAAAUUUGAUGUGUUCUUGAGUUUCAGGGGUGCAGACACCCGCAAGAGUUUUGCAGACCAUUUGUAUGGCGCAUUGCGACAAAAAGGAAUUAAGACUUUCGUUGAUGACUCAGAAAAUGAAAGAGGAAAAGCGAUUUCUCCACAACUCAUUUCAGCAAUUGAACAAUCAAAGAUUGCUGUCGUUGUGUUCUCUGAAAAUUAUGCUUCUUCAACAUGGUGCCUUGAUGAACUUUCCAAAAUUCUUGAACGCAAGGAAGGGGGAGAUGCAGUUCUACCAAUUUUCUAUUAUGUGGACCCCUCUGAUACCGGGAAGCAUAUGAGUAGACUGACUGAAGCCUUAAAUCUACAUGAAAAAAGGUUUGAGGAAAACAUAGAGACGGUGGAACGAUGGCGAGCUGCUUUAGAAAAAGCGGCUAAUCUCAGAUGGAAGAGUUCAAACGACAGGUAUGAACCACAACUCAUCAAAGAAAUCGUUAAUGAGGUACUAACCAAAGUACGCCCUGAGCCUCAAGAAAGGCUGUUCGGAAUGUAUCAAAGAUUGGAGCAACUGGAUUUGCUUUUAGAUGCAGGAUCAGAUGAUGUUCACUUCAUAGGGAUAUGGGGGAUGGCUGGGUUAGGUAAGACAACCCUGGCUAAGACAGUUUAUGAGAGGAUUCUUCAUAAAUUUGAAGUCAGCAGCUUCCUUGACAGAGUUAGUGAGGGUUCUAAAGCACAUGGUCUAAGUAAUCUACAAAGAAACCUUUCCAAGGUCCUCAUGAAUAAAAAUAUAGAAGAUUGGGAUAUUCAUGGAGAAGCCACAAUGAGAAAGGUCUUGUGUGAGAAGAAGGUUCUUCUCGUUCUUGACGAUGUGGACCAGAUAAGUCAGUUGGAAACCUUAUGUGGAAAUCAAGAUUGGUUUAGAUCUGGAAGCAGAGUCAUUAUUACAACUAGAAAUGAACAAUUGCUGAUUACGCAUGGUGUGGAAAGAAGAUUUGAGAUGCAUGAGUUAAAUGAUGAUGAUGCGCUUCAACUUUUUAGCUGGAAGGCCUUCAAAAAGGAUUUUCCGGAUAAAGAAUAUAUGGCUCUUUCAAAAGUUAUUUUGAAUUACGCCAAUGGACAUCCAUUAGCUCUUAAGGUGUUGGGUUCACUUUUGCAUAAAAGAGAUCAAGAUGCGUGGAGAAGUGCAUUGUGUAAACUGAAGGAUGCUUUCAAGGGAGAAAUUAUGGAUACACUUAGAAUAAGUUAUGAUGAACUAGAGAAGCAGGAGAAAAACAUUUUCCUCGAUAUAGCAUGCUUCUUUAAAGGGAAGUGUAAAGACCAAGUAGUUGAAAUACUAGACAAUGAUGGCUUUUGUUCACGUAUUGCAAUGGAUGUUCUAAUUGAGAAGUCUCUGUUGACCAUUUCAGAUAAUAUGGUGUGGAUGCAUGAUUUGUUACAAGAAAUGGGUUGGGAAAUUGUUCGUCAGCAGGCUCAGGAACCUGGCGAGCGCAGCAGGUUGUGGCUUUCUAGGGACGUCUUUCAUGUGUUGAAAAAUAAUUUGGGGACGAACGCAGUUGAAGGCAUUGUCCUGGACUUGCCUGAACCUAAAGUGGUACGAUGCAAUUCUAAAGCCUUUUCUAAGAUGGUUAAUCUUAGAUUGCUCCAAAUUUGUAGUGUUCACCUACCCCAUGGGCUCAGCUACCUCUCUAAUUCCUUGAGGUUUCUUGGAUGGAGUGGUUAUCCUUUAAAGUCCCUUCCAACAGGUUUCCAACCGGAUAAGAUUGUUGAACUCAGCAUGUGUCAUAGUAGCAUUGUACAGCUUUGGAGUGGAAUAAAG